CACUCCUCACUGCAACUCAACUGAACUCAGAACUCCUGUUAACAUGUCUUACAACUACAGCUCUGGAAACUUCUCCUCCUGCUGUUUUGAAGGUUACCUAGGGUAUCCAGUUUCCAUUUAUAAUUCGUUCUACCCCAGCAAUGCCAUCUAUUCUCCAAAUACCUGCCAACUGGGCUCCUCUCUCUACAACGCCUGUCAGGAGACCUACUGUGAGCCCACCAGCUUUCAGAUAUCCUGCACUUUGGCCAAAUCCUGUCAGACAUCCUGCUACCACCCAAAGAAUUCCAUCUUCCGCAGUCCGCACCAGACUAACUACGUAGGAUCCCUUGGAUGUGGAAACACUGGCCUUGGAUCUCUUGGUUAUGGAAGCAUUGGCUUCCCAUCUCUGGACUGUGGGUCCAGCUUCUACCACCUAACUAUCUUUUCAUCCAGGAAUUUCCAGGAAACUUGUUACUAACCAGCCUUUGGGUCUCGCCUUUUUUAAUCAACUUACUGAAUAUUCUCCAUUCUCUCAUGAUUAUUUCUGUACUCUGUGGAACUGUAACACUCAGCCUGUCCAAUAUCUGUGAUUGUUGAC